UUUCAAGAGAGAAAGAGAGAGAGAGAGAGGUGUGGAUGUAGCAUCAAACGGAUUUUUAUGUGGCUGAAGUUUCAUUUUCAAUGCACAAACACGCUGCAGCAACAUCUCAGUCCUCAUUUCCUCUCUCUCUCACACACACACACCAACACGCAGACACAGGGCAGUGAGUCUGCCACGAACUCACCCCUUGUAGAUCCACUUUUUUCAGGCCAAAACUAUUCCGCUUCCGGUAACCAUGAAAGCAUUUACACCGGUAAUCUCAAAACCCAUUAGUACACCACCAAAACCAACUCCACCAGUCUUCACCCAAACUUCCAAAUUCAAUCCAAAUGUAGAAAGGGUCUUUGGAUUUAGGCCACAUAGUGUCAGAUUUCCAGUGCCCAUGACCACCAGCUGGGGGCACUCUUCGUCGCCCGUAAUUGAAUCGGGUAUUGGAUCCGACUCCAGCGUGUACCGCAAUACGCCGGGGAUCUUGGAAGCCUCAGAAGAGAACAUUGAGAAGGCUAUUUACCGAUGUCGCUUCAUGACGCUUCUGGGAGUCUCGGGGUCUUUGGUUGGAUCAAUUUUAUGUUUUAUCAAGGGCUGCACUUACGUUGCAUCAUCUUUUUUGGAGUACUUUGUAAAUCGGGGAAAAGUGAUUCUAUUGCUGGUUGAGGCCAUCGAUGUCUAUCUUCUGGGAACUGUGAUGCUGGUCUUUGGAAUGGGUCUCUAUGAGCUCUUUGUCAGCAAUCUUGACAGUGCAAAAUCACUAUCGCAGGAAAAACUUCCUCACCGGUCGAAUUUCUUCGGCUUAUUCACUCUAAAGGAACGACCUAAGUGGUUGGAUAUAAAAACCGUCAAUGAGCUAAAAACCAAGCUUGGCCAUGUCAUAGUGAUGCUUCUUCUGAUUGGGUUGUUGGACAGGAGUAAAAAGGCAGUUAUACACUCUCCCGCGGAUUUACUCUGCUUCUCCGCUUCUAUCCUCCUCUCCUCUGGUUCCCUGUUUCUACUGUCUAAGCUCAAUGAGUCGAACUGAUAAUUGUCAUAUAAAUAUAAAUAAUGAGAUGUGUGUGUAUAUAUACACUAAAAUCUGAACUCUAUAAUACGAUAAAGUUGAAAUUUCAUCAAA